AUGCUACAUUUUCUGCGAUUACCGUUUCUACUGACUGUUUUUUUUCUUCUUUUUUUUUCGCCUGCGCAGAUCGUCUGUUCUAUCUAUCUAUCUAUCUAUCUAUCUAUCUAUCUAUCUAUCUAUUUCAGUCUGUUCAUAUCUAUCAAUCUAAUCUAUCUAUUUAUCUAUCUAUCUAUCUAUCUUAGUCUGUUCAUAUCUAUCUAUCUAUCUUAUCUGUUCAUAUCUAUUAUAGUCUGUUCAUUAUCUAUCUAUCUAUCUAUCUAUCUAUCUAUCUAUCUAUCUAUCUAUCUAUCUAUUUUAGUCUGUAUAUAUCUAUCUAUUUCUUCCCACCAUAUCAAUCUCAAUUUACACGAUUAUUUUUUUCACUUUUUCUUAGUUUAUUCAUAUCUAUCUAUCUAUCUAUCUAUCUAUCUAUCUAUCUAUCUAUCUAUCUAUGUUUAUUCAUAUCUAUCUAUCUAUCUAUCUCAGUUUAUUCAUAUCUAUCUAUCUAUCUAUCUAUCUAUCUAUCUAUCUAUCUAUCUAUCUAUGUUUAUCAUAUCUAUCUAUCUAUCUAUCUAUGUUUAUUCAUAUCUAUCUAUCUAUCUAUCUAUCUAUCUAUCUAUCUAUCUCAGUUUAUUCAUAUCUAUCUAUCUAUCUAUCUAUCUAUCUAUCUAUCUAUCUAAUAUCUAUCUAUCUCAGUAUAUUAAUAUCUAUCUAUCUCAUUUUGUUCAUAUCUAUCUAUCUCAGUAUAUUAACAUCUAUCUAUCUAUCUAUCUAUCAAUCUAUCUAUCUAUCUAUCUAUGUGUUCGAAGUAAUAUAAAUAAGCGUACUCCCAAAUGGUGUGUAGAGUUGCUAUAA